AUGCGGGAAAUGCUCGAUCCUCCGCCGCGCCGCGGCCCGGCCUUCAAGACGAAGCUGUGCGCGCUGUGGAGGCGCGGCCCCUGCCCCCGCGGCCCCUCCUGCGGCUUCGCCCACGGCGAAGGCGAGCUCCGCACGCCGCCUCCCCACUCCACCUUCCCGCCGCGCGCUGGACCUGGGGGGCGAGAUCAUAGAAUUCAUGAAUUUAGAGGCAGGCCUGAGAGAAGAAACUCACCCCGGCGGAGGUAUUCCCCUGACAGAGAUACCAGAGGCCAUUUGUUUCGUAACAAGAUGCCACCACAUUCUCGAGGAUCUAGUCAAUCAAGAUCUCCCAUCAGGAAGAGUGAGAGAAGGCCUAAGAAGAAAGUUGAUGGUGAUAAAAGUGAUUCAUCAGGAAGUUUCAACACCUCUGAAAAUGAAGAUAGAAAAAAAGAUGACAUACAUUCCAGCAGUGAUGAGAAGGAUGACGGCGAAGCAAAGCUGAAACAAAUUGCACUGGAUAUGAAAGCAUUGCAUGAAGAUAAAUCUAAACUACAGACGAUAUUGGACAAGAAAAUCGACGAAGCAGGCAUACUUUCUGGCAGAGUAGAUGAUCUUGAAUCACAGUUGAACAAAGAGAAAGAAGAUUGUGAAAGGAUGACCUCCAAAAUAAAGAAACUCAUCAAAGCAUAUGGGCGUUACGUGAAAGCACAGGAUGAUUUAAAAAGGUCUCAAGGCCGUUUUGAGAGGUUGGCUGAUUCGCUUGCUUCUGAUUCCUUGAAAUCUGGUACCAAAGAACAAGGGUCGAGUGUGAAUGCUGGUAAUGAUGACCCAUAUAAUGCUUAUGAAAUGAGCCCAGAUGAUCAGCGACAGAAGAAUGGUUCAGCAGCUAGAAAAAGAUCUGCUGCCCUUUCAACAAGCGAAGAAGAAAAAACUGGAAAGAAAAGGAGAGUGAAUGGUGACGAUAUGAUCCACGUGUCAGGGAAAUAUAGAUCAGAAGAUGCUCUGGAGUCUUUGAAAAAUAGCAAAGGAACUGAAUCUCUGAAGAAAUUAGGGGAUGAUGACAAUAAUGACGAACUAAAUGUCAUUUCUUCUGGCAAUGAUUUUACAGACAGGUACAAUGGCAACGAGGAGGAUGAUCCUGUGGACUUGUAG